AUGCUAUUAACGCCCGGCGACGUUCGUGAUGCGUCACACUCGUGUCGCGUCACGAGGAGGCGCAGCGCUCGCGAUGCCGACUGCCAACCCGCCACCGAAGAAAGUUCGCCAGCCCUGCGGCCUCGUGUUGCAACUUGCGCAGUCACUGAACCAAUAAACGUCAAUCAAACAAACUUCGCUGGAAAUAUAACUCGUGUAAGAAACUAUAUAAUUAUGAAAUUUAUACAUUCAGGACAAUUAAAAAAAAAUCUUUUAAAGGUUUCAAAGGACAAAAUGGAACUCUCACAGGAUCGCUCAUCUUCCCGUCUAUCUAUCACAGUUUUUUGUCUAAUCAACUUAGAAAAUAUUGAUAUUUGGUACUUAUUUAGUUGUUUACGUGACCCAAUGACGGAAACGAGUAUUGUG